AUGGUACAGAAGAGGUUAGCGGGCAGGCUGACGGUAAGGGAGCUAAGAGAAGCUGAGCUAUUGGUCAUUCGCGCUGCACAACAGAGCGCCUAUCCAGACGAAUACUGUGAUCUGAAGAGCCGCAAGCAGAUUAAUGCAAGGAGCAAACUGUUCAAGCUAACAUCGUUUCUAAACGACAUGGGCGUGAUACGAGGAAAUGGCCGCCUUCGAAAUGCUGUAGCCGUUUCCGCACACACUCGCGAGCCCGUAGUGAUGCCACAGCGGCACCAAACUACGGACCUCAUCGUGGACUUUUACCAUAGAACUUGGAAACACCAAAAUGAAAACACCAUCGUUGCCGAGUUACGUCGUAAAUAUUGGAUACCCCACAUAAGAGAAGAGGUACGAAGGGCGGCUAAAAGAUGUUUCCAAUGCCAGAAAGAACGCGCAAAGCCAGACUUGCCGCAAAUGGGCCAAUUACCCUCGGAUCUCCAAACGCCCUUCAUUAGGCCAUUUUCGUACGUAGGGCUAGAUUACAUGGGACCGUUCUUGGUUGUAAAUGGAAGGCGCACAGAAAAUCGAUGGAUUGCGCUGUUCACUUGGUUGACGAUGCGCGCGGUGCACCUGGAAAUCGCCAAGGACCUGACCACCAAUACCUGUUUGUUGUGCAUCAAAAGUUUUAUGUGCCGGCGAGGAACACCAGUGCGAAUAAGGUCGGAUAAUGGCACCAACUUCGUUGGUGCGGACCGAGAAUUGAAGAAGCAGCUCGAAGAUUUCAAUGAUGGGAAAAUUGCGGACGCGCUGUCGAACCAGGGUAUCGAAUGGGUGUUUAACUGCCCGCUUAACCCCCACGUCGGCGAAUGUUGGGAACGGCUGGUGCGCAGCGUGAAGCGCGCAAUGCAACAUGCACUUACAAACGAGCGGCUGCCAGAACAAACCUUGUAUAGCGGGAUGUGCGAAGCCGAGAAUGUAGUUAACUCGAGGCCGCUAACGCAUAUUCCUCUCGAUACUCCCGACGAAGAACCACUAACCCCUAACCACUUUCUCCUAGGUACAGCUAAUUCCGUGCAAACUCCUCAUCCACAAGAAGAGUCCUUCCGGGUUACUAGGACGCAGUGGCGAAAAAUGCAACAAAUCCACCGAUUCUGGAAGAAGUGGCUGGUGGAGUAUCUCCCAGACUUGUGCCGUAGGACGAAGUGGUGGAAGCCCGUGAAACCGUUGUCUAUCGGAGACCUGGUGCUAGUGUGCGAUGUACGCCUUCAUCGGUCCAAGUGGCGAAUUGGGCGGAUAAUCAACGUCAAGCUCGGUCACGAUGGACAAGUUCGUGUGGCUGAAGUGAAGACAUCUGGGGGAACGUUCCAACGACCGGCGUGUGUAUUGGCUAAAUUGGACGUUAGUGAAUCAAACAGCGGAUAG